UGGAAGGAGUCCAAAGGAGAGAGGAGAGUACUGCUGUCGCAGUGGCAGCGGAUGAUAGCGAUUGCUGCAGCCACGGCAUUUGCAGGAUGCUGCGGCACUGUUCGCAGGAUCGUAAUCAAUUUUAUAAUAAGUCUAAUAACCACCGAGUGCGUCGAGUGCCUGCUCUUUACGAACAAGGAGAGUGCGAACGGGAAUUUAAUCGCCACCGUAUCGAGACCCCCAAACAAAAACAAAAACACUACAGGGACAUCUUUCUGCGUCAUGGAUCCCAGCAAGACCCUCCCUCUACCUUACCCAUCACCCACUUUCUCAAAAAGUGAAGAUUUCGUUACUUCGGGGAGUUUUACAAGACCGAAUUAUUUCACCCGUGUCAAAAGGAGGAUCAUUGUGUUCAUCAACUGAGUUUCAGUUUAAAAGGAAUGGCGUGAUGGAAGCGUAGGAGUUGGAGGUACGAAGAUGCAAAGGAGGAAAUAGUACCUUGUGUUUUUCGUCUUUGAUGUAUAGAAAAAGGAAGGAUUCAAUUGUUCGAGCAAUCUGGAAGCCUUUCAGGAGAAAGAAAUCAUAUUCUCGUUUUGACAGAUUAACCUUGGAUGUUCCUGACAAAGAAGGAAGGAGGGAUUGAUGGUCGCGGCACAUCUGGCGACUACAUCAAAGAGCAGCCACACAGUAUGACUCGCCCGUAGAUAUGGCUUCAACGGAUGUGACAGUGGGGCAGAUAUCGGGAGCAGAAGGGUCUGGUCUCAAAGUCGUUGUAAGAUGAAACCUUUCGUUACUUAAUGUCGUCGAGGCUUCGAUCAGGAUGUAAUGCGUUUCCGAGAGAUGGUCGAGGACAUUGAAGAAACUAUCAUCAGUCCAAGCAUGCACCGGGUUGCCUGUAGCAACGACAAGUACUUGACAGUGUUUACCAAGCUGCGUCCGCCGGAGGGCGAUGACUGUGUCAUCAAAAAAAUCUACCCCUGUUCGGAGAGGGCGAUGUCAUUCGACGAUUUGUUGCCCCUGCUCCGAGGCAUGUUAUCAUGAACAAAAUCACACCAAAAGUUCUCACCUGCUUGAGUUUGAUCUCUCCCACCGUGAGUCUGCCUCCGCUUCGACCUUCUCUCCCUUCAGCGUCUUCAGCAGCUGCUUCGGUCGACAUGUGGAGAGAACCUCUCUUUCCACUUUCCAUGAACACGGUCAUCUUGGUUGUGGAGACCUAAACAAGGCCGUGAUCUUCUUCCUGAUAUGUUUGCUACCCUACGUGGCAGGGUUCAACUUCAGCGUGAGGGUCCUUGCACUUCAGCAAUGUGACCCCAAGUUCCUGGCUGACCUCAGCAGCGCCAUGGACAACGCUACGGAGACGCUACGACAACGAAGGGUCGCGCGGGAGGUUAACUUCUCCUUCGAAGUGGAACAGAACUGCUUGGGUCAACCGCCGUCACCCUCACUGCUGGCCAAAGUGUUCGAGCAGGUCACCGGGGAGGUCACGGUGGGCGUGGUCUCAUACGAUCUUCAGUCGACCUUUGCCGUCCUGGCCGACCUGUUCAAGAGCCCGUACAUCGUCGCCAACACCUACACCUCCAGCGACGUCAGCAGCUUCGCCUUCUCGCUACAUCCGGGUAUCCAGCAGACGUCUCGUCUCCUGAGGACGAUCCUGACGGAGUUCCAAUGGCAGGAAGUGACGUUCAUCACGAGCGAGAGCGCUCGCUGGCUGGCCCUGACCAACGAGGCCUACAUCCACCUGGCGUCGAGCGGCUUUCGUGUCAAAGGGAGGUCAAUCUUGCCGUUGCAGUUCUCAGGAAAUAACUCGCGGUUCGCUCUGCAGAGUGUUCUCCCCUCCACGAAAGCUGUAAUUUUGCUGAUGGAUAUAAACAAUGCAACCGUUGUGCUCACGGCGGCCUCGGAGCUUGACAUGGCCACAUCGCAUGCCUUCAUCGUCAUCAUCGCCAAUCCAUACGACGUCCGUUUGGACUAUUUUCUGUCGCUGAAACCAGAAAGCAACAACACUACGAACGGUGUAAAUAUUCUGAACAGUGUGUUUGUUGUUUCCUUGCAAUUUUCGGAUAGCAACUCAUCGACGUUGACAUCCGUCACAAGGCGACGAAGAUCUGCAGAAGAAGGUUUCUCCGAACUCAGAAGAGAUGAAGAGCUGGAUGCGUACAAACCGUUACAUAUACGUGACGUGACGAAGGAGGAGGUUAGUGCAACGAGCAAAAGAUAUUUUGAAGACUUGAAGAAUGUGGAAAAGAAACUUUCUGUGUAUAAUAUGCCAGACAUUAUUAGGGUAAAUCCAGAUAAACUGUCAUAUCCAAAGAAAGUAGUAGGUGGAGGGGAACAAACUGAAACAUUUUUGUCUCUGAAAAUGAACAGAGAGAAAGAGAUCAGGUUUGUGUCACGUGAUAGGUCUAACAAACAGGACCUUUCUUUUGCGAGAGUUAACCAUCGCACGGAUGUCUCUUCUCUGUCUUCAUCAAGUGAAGAUGAUGAGAGUGUUAAAGAUUCAAACAAUGGAGUGUUGUUAGACUGCGGGUCGAUUUGCCCGAUGGAGGCCCCCCAUGGUGGUCUGAGGUCAAAGCGAGCUGCCAACAUGGCGUCAAGUAGAUACCCGGAUGUCAUGGCUCUGUACGACAUCGUACUACUGCUCGGGUACGCUCUCAACCGCUCCCUGUCCGCGAGCAACAACAUCCCCUCCGCCGAGCAUCUUCUGUCGCAGAUCCGCUCGCUCGACUUCGAGGGGUCAGAGGGCAGGGUAGUCGUGGACCUUUACAAUCGUCCGGUCUUCGACGCAGUCGUCUGGGACUACAGCGAGAGUUCUGGAAGCUUCGUGAAAGUCAUGCACCUGAGCGCCACGUCAGCUGUCACGUGGCACGUCUCUCGGGUGCAGGAUAUCACGUGGCCUGGUGGAAAGGUUCUCGCCCCUGACGACUGCUUCCUGCUGCCGGAGAAUUGUAACACCUCAGAUUUUAAAUUUAUCUACAUCAUCGCCAUCUUUUCCACUGCUGUUGGAUUGGCUAUCAUCGUGGCAUUCGUCGUCUUUUUUAUCAAGAGGUACUGGGCGAAGAAGGAGAUGACACGAGGUCCAAAUAAGGUCAUUCUGAGCCAAGAUGACCUCAUCUUCAUUUUGAAGAAAGACAUGAACAAAGGGUCAAAGCUGCUGAAGAGUCGGACCAACCUGCUGGACAAUUCCAAACCGGACCUCCUGCGGGGGUCGGACCUGGCCUCGCGAUCCACCGGCAGCCUUAAUGAGCUGAGCGACUUCACUCAGACAGCUCGCUACAAUGGAGAUCUCGUACAUGUAAAGGAGCUGAAAGUCAAGUCAUUCGAGAUGAAGUCCAAAGUCUACACAUUCAUCCGCAUGCUUCGCGAUCUGCGGCACGAGAAUCUCAACCCUUACGUGGGAUUUCUCGUGGAUCCCGAGAGACCUGCCAUCGUCACUGAAUACUGCAGCCGAGGAAGCUUAAAGGACAUGCUUCACAACGAAGACAUCAAACUCGACUGGGACUUCAAGCUGUCCUUGCUAACAGACCUUGUUCGGGGCCUGCGCUACAUCCACGGCACACCGCUGAGGCAUCAUGGGCACCUGACGUCAAUGAACUGCGUCAUCGACAGUCGGUUUGUCCUGAAAAUCACGGACUACGGCAUCCCGGGAUUGCUGGAACGCAGCAAAACGGACAGAGAUUUUGAGGCUAGAGACCUUCUGUGGACGGCACCAGAGCUGCUGAGAGACGAAGAACUGCUUAAACGUGGAACGGACAAAGGCGACAUCUACUCUAUCUCCAUCAUCUUCCAGGAGGUGGCGCUGCGCAGUGAGCCCUACAGUUCACAUGUUCUCACGCCAGAAGAGAUUAUCAAGAAAGUGAAGAAGCCACCUCCUUUGUGCCGUCCCUCCGUUUCACCCCAGGCCGCCCCUCCUCAGUUCAUACAGACGAUGAAGAUGUGCUGGUCCGAGAUGCCGGACAUGCGGCCAAGUGUGGAAGAAGUCUACGAACAGUUCAAGAAACUUACCGGUGGAAAGAAGGCAAACAUUGUGGACACCAUGUUCAAGAUGCUGGAGAAAUACUCCAACGACUUGGAAGACAUUGUGGCUGAAAGAACAAUGCAGCUUGAGGAGGAAAAAAAGAAAACGGAUCAGCUUCUAUUCAGGAUGCUGCCCUCAACCGUUGCGGAAAGCCUCAAGAUGGGGCGCAACGUGCAGGCUGAGCAGUUUUCAGAGGUCACCAUUUACUUCAGUGACAUCGUGGGCUUCACGACCAUCUCUGCCAGGAGCACACCCAUGGAGGUCGUUGACCUGCUCAAUGACCUGUACACCAUGUUUGACGCCACCAUAGAGCUGUACGACGUGUACAAGGUUGAGACAAUAGGCGAUGCAUACAUGGUGGUCAGUGGACUUCCGAUCAGGAACGGCAAUCGCCACGCAGGGGAAAUAAGCACGAUGGCCCUUGACCUCUUGUCGCAGUGCGGUCACUUCACGAUCAGACACAUGCCGGCUGUACCUCUCAGGCUCCGCAUCGGCCUCCAUACAGGUCCUUGUGUCGCAGGGGUUGUGGGUCUGACAAUGCCUCGCUACUGUUUGUUUGGAGACACUGUCAAUACGGCCUCCCGUAUGGAAUCCACAGGCGCAGCUUUCAGAGUUCACGUAAGUCAGGAUUGUAAGAACGCACUGGACGAGCUGGGAGGAUACCAUCUCGACCUCCGAGGAGAAACAGAGCUGAAGGGCAAAGGGAAGGUGGUCACUUACUGGCUAGUCGGAAAGGAAGGCUGGACUAGAGAGCUUCCCAAGCCCCCUCCCCUGACUGGGGAGGACAAUCAUGGACUGGCUUCCUUGUUUCCUGAGUUGUCCGAUCCUAGUGUUCUCUUCACGAACAGCAACGCCACAGCUGCAACAAGCAAGGACACCAGCACGACCAGCGCCAACGAACACGCUAAACCAGAACCGUUUGAUUUCGCCGUGGGUGGAGCCCACCCGAGGUACAGAAGGAGAGGACAGUGGUCGAGGGGAGUCCUCCGAUGGAGACUCGCCCCUUAGCCCUAAGACAAGCGUGAGCUGUGUUCAGCCGGAUCCAACAUUAAACCACGUAGACACCGGAAAAAUAUCCAGACCAAGUUCAGCUAGAAAAGAAACCAUAAAGACAGACUCAAAUUACGGGGUGCAUGGACACAAUGAAAGAUCCCCAAACAGGGGAGGUAAUUCUAAGGGUAGGUCAUCGCCUCGAUCUUCCAGUGGGGAGAACGGAAACGGUAAACGUAACAGGCUUCAGGACAGGACCAAGGGAAGCAACUGCAUGGUGACCGAAGCCGAAAUAUAUCCCGAAGCGAAAGCAUCCACGCCUGAGAAAGCCAAACUCGCCAUGUCCAGUGUAAAUCCGGGUUCCUUUGAAACAGACAUGUGUGACAGUACAGAGGGAGUGGAGAUGCACCCGUUGCUGGCGUCAGAUCCCGUUGCCGUUGAGGGCGUCACGACGUUUGAGAUGUUGGACGAGAAGCGGUCGGGCAGAAAACCGUUAAGCGGCGACCACCACGUCAAGAGAAAAGCCGGCAACAAAGAUGGCGGCAUGAAGCCUAGACGCGCCAAAGCCAGCAUCGACAACUCCACCAACUCUGUUGUGUCUGCUUCCGAUGUACGGUUACAGGGUGACAUGUCGGACACGGCCAGCAAGCUGCUCCAGAUGGGAGACUCGGAGGAUCUCACUCCUGUGACCGAGGUCUGAGGUUCGUCUUCGUUCUGCUGACUUUUUGCUGAAUUAGGAGAAAUGGUUGGAGCGGAGGAGGAAGAGGCUGGAGUGGACUUCCGAGUACCUCACACACAAUGAUAAAAUUGUGUUCGUCUGUGUGUGGUGGUGGGGAGAGGGGAAGAUGAUUCAGCUGUUGGUCAGAGCUUUGCUGCAGCUGGGUGGGUCUGCUGCGGUGGUGCGUGUGAGGUGCUGCAUGGUGGCCAGUGUUUUGCUGCAACAGUUGUUGUUACUGCCUUGUGGUGUCCAGACAAGUCCCUCAUGGCCAGUAAUUCAAAACGAAGAACUUCUAGUCAUCAAGGUGCAUUCGCGCGCACGUGCGCAUGUGUAUGUGUGGGUUUAUGUUUGUAUGCGUGUGACAGAUUGUGUGUGUGGUUUGUUUGUGCAUGUAAGUGUGGUAACAUGAGCAAUUUCUCUGUAAUAUUUCUGGCCAGAGUCACUAGGUGUAAUCCACAAGCAGUCAAAACCUCCUCUGGGCCAAAGUAACUCAAACCCUAUGUUACAUGCUGCUAAGUGGUCCAGGUCACAAAGUCUCACGACCAUCUUAUCAGGUCUCCACUUGUCAGUCACAUCGCACGCUGCCAAUUAGCCUCUCAGAUAUUACAUAACCGAUAAUUUUGUUUCAAUAACACCUACUUUCCACAGGGGCCAUAGUUAGGAAGCAAGAGCAAGCCGUUUCCCUCGGGUAAAAAUCGUCUUGUUUCCGAACUUACAAAGCGGUCUUCAAACCCCUUGGACACUACAUCAUGUUCUUUGUUCCAGGGCACCUUUGCCACCAUUGUAAUUAAUCAUUAAGGGUAAAAUCGUAUCUGUGGUAUUUGGACACCACCUUACAACUUCAGAAACAAGAUUCUUGUCUUUGGGUUUCCCGUGUUCCCCCGGGGCAGCGACUUACCCUCGCUUCAUGACUACUGAACCUGUACAAAAGCAAAAUUAUUUCACCAUAAGAGUAGAACAGAUUUUCUCACUUAGCAGCGUGCAAUGUGUUCAUGUCUAUAACCACAUUUUCUAACAGUCCCCUGAUGUAAAAAUGUGUGUUUUGACUGAACCUAUUGACGACUGUGCUGCAGCUGUGCACGUGACCUUACAAGAGUGCGGGUGCACGUGUUUGGGUAUGAGUUCAUUAACACUUGUUUCUUGGAUUAUGUUCGUUUUUUAUACACAAAUCCGUCUUUCAUACCUUCAAAGCACACCUGUAGUAGUGAGCUGUCCAAAGCCUUUCAUUGAAUGUGUUGAACACAGAUGUACCCAUACUAUAAAGUGUUAGCUACGAAAAUGUUUUAAAGUUUUCACUCGCAAAAUUGAAACAUAUCUCUGCUUCACGUUUUUGUUAUUGUUUCGCGACCUUCUACGUUUUCCAGAUAAAUAAAUAAAAAAAAGCCAUUUGAUUUAUAUGUUUGCCAUGGGUAAACAAACAAGUCUGUUUCUUUGUGUAGCAGGUUUAUCGACCUGUCGGCAAGUCGGAUCAGUUCGGUCGAUUGGAUCUGCUGGCUGGUCGAUCCAUUCGUUGGUCCGUCCAUCCGGUCGAGUAAUCGUUUCUUCGUUUGUUCUUGUCUUUGUUUGUUCGAUCUCGGCCCGAUCUAGUAUCCCCCGUAAUUUUAAAUUUUACUGCCAAAUAUUUAUUAACAUUAGUGGAAUAUGCUUAGUUAUUAUUUUGGUCGUAGAAGUUGGCUUAAAAGGAACGAGAGGAACAUGGCAGAAGACUGUUUUAAUUAUCGAUGAUACUGUAAUAAGCCGACACAUCGAAAACAAGAAUAAUUAUACGAAAACCGUUACCUGAAUCUUGACUUCCGGUUUCGUAUUUGAAGUGAAUGACCGAUGGCAUCUGAGCAUGGGAAAAAACAUGAUAGGAGUUGUUUCACAAAACGAAAAAAAAAAAUGUGAUGGAGGGAUCAAGAUAACUCUACUGGGUAUUCUUGGAAUAAUAUUCUUGCAAAAAAUAAACAAUGCUGUGGCAUGGGGUACUGAUGACAUCAGAAAAAAAGGAAAAUCACUUACAUUUCAGAGUUGGAAACUCCUCAGACUUGUUCCAGUUCCAUCUAUUUCUUCUUUCGAAUUUUUUUUUUUUCAUUUCUGCAGGCUCUUUGGAACCGGAAAUCUCAAAGACCAUUAAAUGUCGAUUACGGCGCUGAAUUCUUCUCAAUAACAGCAAAACCGGAUACAGGUCUUUUUUUUUUUUCGUAUCCUUUUUUUUUUAAUCCUUGUAAAUCUUCAGCAAGGAAUUCUGCUAUUGAAAUUCCAGAAAUGUUACAUUUUUAUUUUUCUAUUCGCCUGUAAUAACGACUCGUGUUUCAAGUCCUCAAACAGUUGGUUGUUUGUCUGCCAACAGCUCCACGCACCUUGAAGUUUCUCUCCCUCUCUCUUUUAUUUUGUUUGCAGCGCAAAAUAUCUCUGUUUGUAUAAAAGGUCUUUAUUUUUCUCUUCUUUUCAUUCAGUCUUCGUGCUCUUUUUUUUUUCUCAUUACUCUUUCAUUUCUCUAUCGAUCACUGCAGUUACAAACUAAAAAACAAAUUACACAUAUUUCAGUUUUCAAUCCAUACUCUAAAAGAAGCUUUUGAUAGUCCGUUAAAGCUGUUGAAACCGGAAAAAUAUUAGAAAAAUACCCUCGGGGCCUGAAACUCUAUCAAGAUUUAUCUUCACAAGGUAAGGCACUUAGCAAACCCAUGUUAAACUCCGGCAAGUGUAUAUCACACGGAGAACACUUUUUUUUCCCUUUUGUCGGACGAAGGCAAAUAUUUGCAAAGUACAAACAACCCAGAAAGCGAUUGAAAUGAUGUUUGUUAAUGUCUUACGGUUGGUUGUAGUCUACCUCUUACCUGUGAUAUGUAUGUAUGUCCUAUGGAACCAGUCUUUCACUUUUAACAUCAUGUUGUCGGCUUGAACUUGUGACAGAUUGUUUGACAGUGUGUCUUGUGAAUAAAUGAUUUUAGCGAUUGUUAAGCUGUAGACUGAAAUAUUUUAAAGGUGUUUUAUUAAACAAGGAUGUUGCUGAGACCUGCAACAUGUUUAAGAAAAAAAAACUUAUUUUGAGAAUAGUAAUAUUCCCUGUACUUCAACAAAUUAGAUAUCUUGUAUAAAGUUUUCUCCCGUGACAUAGGUAGUCAAUACACUUUAAGGUGAAAAUAUUUGUCUAACAUAUUCAAACUCUGCACGAGAGUAGUUGGAAACAGUAUAACUGCACUGUCUAACUCGCCCUCCAGGUGUGACUGCGACAGGUGUGUUCUCACCUGAGUUCUCAAUGAGGUAGAUUACUCGGAUAUACCUCGUCUUCAAAGUACAUUAGAAAUCAGUCUAGAAUGUCGGUGAGAAAUGGUUGUGGGAGGGUUGAAUCUGCAAUGAGAGAACUUCGUGAGGAUCGGCAGAAAGAGCAAUGCAGGUUUGUGAUAAUAAGUAAUGUGAUUCACACAAGAGAGUGGGUUCAGAUAGCACGAGCUUGAGUGCAUCUCCUUUUAUGGCGAUGUAGUCACAGACGGUGUAGACGAGGACAUUUUUUUCCACGUGACAUCUGAAAACUGCAGGUAAAAAUAGAUCAGCAUCCCUGGGACCAAGAAAUCGUGAUGAAGAUGUUUUUCAGUAAUCAACAAAUUUAAAUAACAAAAAAAAAAUGUUAUAGUUAUCGUCAGCCUCUAAUGUUGUGUGUGGGUGUGCGUGAGAGAGAGAAAAAAAAGACUUAAAGGAAGAAGAAAAUGAGAGCAAAUUUUGUAUAUACCCUUAUGCACUCGAAGUGAUGAAGUAACGCACUUGGUUACUUUAUCAACAAACACUUGCAAACACUUUGUAGCACGUUUGGCUGGACAUGCACGUGCAUUGUGUUUGCCUGACACACAGGGUGAGGGAGGGAAACAAGGAAGACAACAAGUUAGAAGGAAAGAAACUGAAUUUACAAUUUAUUCACCACGUUUGCUUUAAUUAGACACCUUACAAUCACGCGGGGGAAAAAAAUUUGUUUAUUUAUUUUUCCUUCGUACUUUUCUAGUUUAUUCGUACUUUUCUGGUUUACACAAAUGUAUGCACUCUUUGACACAGUUGGUUUACACUGUGAAGCGAACAUGUCUUGACUAAUGCGGGAGUUAACGCUUCAAGUAUUUGUUUUCUUUCUUUCGUUUUCUUUCUCUCUUCACGUCUUCAAGCGAUCACUUGGCAUGACUUUGUAAAUUUUUCCGAUUGUCCACAGUAGGUCUAGGGCUGUUAUCAGAUUCCACAACAGAUAAUUAACGGAAUGUGUGUAGUAGCAAUAUUCAUUUUUACCUUUUCGAAUACUUUUUUCCUGAUCAAAUAAAAGUGUUUUCAAUGGCUCGUGACUUUUUCCUUUUCCCUAGUAUG